GUCAACGUCCCAAACAUCGUCGCCAUGACUCAUUUGAAAACUAACCUUAACUCCGAGUUUGAGACUCCAAAUCAAAGAAGAAAAGAAGACGAAGAAGAAAAAUGUGUUCGAUGGCUCUUCGAUCUCGCAUCAGCUCAGGUUUAUCAGAGAUUAGAUUCAACAGCCGAAGGCUUUGCACAUGGGAUGCCCCUUCUUUUGAACCAACACAUAUGCCCACCGUUAUUGAGGUUGCUCGAGAUUUGGUCAACGAUCGCGUCCCACGUAAAGAGAAGCAGACCACCGAAGGUGCGCUGGAGCUUCCGCAACGGUGGAGGUUUCUCAAGUACGGCCUUAUUGGGGCUCUCACGGUGGCUACUGCUGCUGUUGGAUAUGUCACCAAUGCUUAUACUUCAGAAGAAAUUGAUCACAAGACAAAAUCAUUCCGCGAAUCUGUAAACUAUAAAGUUGGAGAUGAUGCAUUGCCUAUUGAUAAAUAUAAAGGUUUUCUGUACUCAGGUGUCUUGACAGUUCCUGCUAAAAUGAUUGAACUUUAUUUGGAUCUAAGGGCGGUGGCAGAAGAACAGAUUAAACAUUAUAUGGGACCAACCUCAGACAAGCUUCUUCCAGACUUGCAUCCAUCGAAGCAACAUGUCUUCACACUGGUUCUAGAUCUUAAUGAGACACUUCUUCAUACUGAUUGGAAUCGGGAAAAAGGCUGGAGAACAUUCAAAAGGCCCGGGGUUGAUGCCUUUCUGGAACAUCUUGCUAACCUUUAUGAAAUUGUUUUGUACACAGACCAAAAUGACAUGGGUGCAGUAUGUGGUCCAGUUUGUGAUAGGUUGGAUCCAAACAAAUACAUUAUGUAUCAACUUACAAGGGAAGCUACCAACUAUGUUAAUGGCAAGUUUUGUAGGGAUCUGUCCAAGCUCAAUAGGGAUCCGACGAAGAUCCUUUAUGUGAGUGGGUAUGCAUUUGAUAACACCCUUCAGCCAGAAAACUGUGUACCCAUCAAGCCAUUUAAGCUCGACUUUGAUGACACAUCUCUUUUGGAUCUUAUUCCCUUUCUUGAAUAUGUUGCUCGUAAUAGUCCUGCUGAUAUCAGGACUUUGCUAUUGUCUUAUGAAAGAAAGGAUAUUGCAAAGGAGUUCCUCGAGCGCUCCAAAGAGUAUCAUAGACGAAUGCAAGAAGAGAAGAGGCAUAAACGGUUCUGGAAACGAUGAAGACCGGAUUUUGUACAGUUGAUGGAAGGCGAAGCAGAUGAAUACAACAUACAUCAUACAACAUUUGCUUUGCAAGUCAAAACCAUUUCUGGUAAAAUUUGGUACAAGUGAAGGAACAAAUAAGUUGAGCAUGUGUGUUUAAUU